CCCUUAUAGCCGUUGCCGAGCCCCUCGGUCGUCAGUAUGAUUGGCAUCUCUCUCCUCUCGCUUGCUCUCUCUCGCUCCGCUCGCCGCUCUCGCGUCUUCUUCCUAUCUCUGCUCGCAUGUAGAGUCAACCAGCGGAGCAGAGAGUCCAAUCUGACUGGAUAAGAAAGCAAAAACUCCAAUCCUCCGAGCCACUUCACUCGUCCACCACUUCGGCCAAGUGCCCGGCGACGUACAUACCUUCCUUUCGUUCGAGCAGAAGAGGCCGGUGAUAUCAUGAUAGCGCAGUGCUAGGACAGCCCGGACUUAUUACUACUCCUACUACUACUACUACUACUACUUAUACGUAAUCUCUGGCUGCCGCUGGUGGAGUCGUGGACUCUGCAAGGGAGCCACUGUCGUCGUCGUCUCGAGCUCGUCCCCGCGACUGAGAGAGAGCUCGUCCGCAUUCGAGGUUCAUCAGUUCAUCACGAAGAAAUCGAUACUCAACUCGUCGUCCUCGUCGUCCUCGUCUGACUGACCAACCGACCUCCUCGCUUCAGCUGGGAUGGGGCUCCGAUCCGUGUCUCCGAUACUGCUUCUGCAGCUGUGUGUUCUGGCAUUAUGCUGUGCGUUCGUGUUUUCUGAUGAGAUGGAGGUCAGUAUUUUGAGCGACUUCAAGGCUCAGGUGCAGCAGGAUCCGACGGGAGCUCUCUCCAACUGGAAUGCUAACGAUACCAGUCCCUGUGGUUGGAAUGGAAUUGUCUGCGACGCCGCCGGAUUUGUCACAACCAUAUCCCUGCCCGAGCAGCAACUCACGGGAGGUGUGUCUUCUAUGCUGGGAGGCCUGCAGUUCCUUCAAAAAGUAGACCUGUCGAAGAAUGGCUUCAGCGGCGGCUUUCCAACGUCGCUGCUGAAUUGCUCUGCGCUUAGAAAUAUAACUCUGGCGAACAACCAGUUCUCGGACGGCUUACCUCAGGAUUUCGGAGCACUGCAGAACUUGACUGCUCUCGAGGUUUACAAGAAUAAUUUCAGCGGUCCGGUGCCCACAAACCUGCCCAAGGGAUUGAGAGUGCUCGACCUCUCAACAAACGGGUUCACUGGAGAAGUACCUUCGACAUUGGGUGAUCUGACGAGCCUGCGGGUCUUGCACUUAUUCACAAAUCAACUCACAGGCAGCGUUCCGACCUCGUUGGCCAGCUGCGUCCUGUUGGAGCGUCUUGAUCUCGCCGACAAUCAGCUCACAGGAUCGUUAGCUUUCGAGCUCGGUGUUUUCACGAGGCUGAGAAUAUUGUCAUUCUCCGGAAAUCGGUUGACAGGUCAGGUCCAGGCUUCCAUCUCCAACUGCACGGAGGUACAACGUGUUGACUUCUCCAACAAUCUGCUCGAUGGACCCAUCCCGGCCGAGCUCGGAAGCCUUCAGAAGAUGAGGCUGCUGUCGCUGUGCGGAAACAAUCUAACGGGGUCCAUUCCGGCGUCUCUCGGCAACUGCGCUGCUCUCAACAGGCUGCUACUCUGCCGCAACCAGCUCAGUGGAAGCAUUCCCAGCGAGCUGGGCAACUUGAGUCAGCUGAAUGUCCUGGACCUUUCCUUCAACAACCUCUCCGACGCUAUGCCCUCUGAUCUGGGUAAGUUGACGAAUCUGCAAGAGCUGACUUUGAACGACAAUCAGCUCUCCGGGCCCAUUCCAGCCGAGUUCGGCAGCAUGGUCCAACUCACGUCCAUGAACAUCUCUUCGAAUCUUCUGACCGGCUCCAUCCCUGCCACUUUGGGACAACUGAGUAGAUUACAGGUCUUGGACUUGGAAGAGAACCAGAUUUCUGGAGCAAUCCCCACAGAGCUCGGCACCCUCGGUGAGCUGACGACCUUGAACUUGGCGUCCAACAACCUCACCGGCUCCAUCCCUGCCUCUUUGGGACAACUGACUAAAUUGCAGGUCUUGGACUUGGAAAACAACCAGAUUUCUGGAGCGAUCCCCACAGAGCUCGGCACUCUCGCUGAGCUGACAACGUUGAACUUGGGGUCCAACAACCUCACCGGCGAGAUCCCUGCUUCUUUGGGUAACCUGAGCAAACUGGAGACUCUGAACCUCGAGAAGAACCAACUGACAGGCCCCAUUCCCGCCGAGCUGGGCAACUGUGCAGCACUCAGAACCCUCAACUUAGGUUCGAACAACCUCACCGGAGAGAUUCCGGCUGCUUUGGGGCAACUCAGUAACUUGGAAGUGCUUGCUCUGGGCGACAACAAUCUCUCAGGACCCAUCCCCACCGAGCUUGGAAAUUUGACCGCACUGAAACAACUUCAGCUGAACGGGAACGAGCUCAGCGGCUCCAUUCCAGAGUCCUUGGCCAACUGCAAGAACCUGGAGCAGCUGGAUCUGAGCGGGAACCAGCUCACCGGAGAGCUCCCUGCUGCUCUUGCAACGCUGCCGAACCUGAAGGGUCUGUCUCUGGGCGGCAACUCCUUGUCAGGUGCCUUCCCGGCAUCCUUGGUUGCUCUGACUGGCCUCACCUCGUUGGAUUUAGCCGGCAACAACUUCACGGGCCCAUUGCCCUCCGACCUUGGUAAUCUCGUGAACCUCGAGUCGUUCAACGUGAGCGGGAACAGCUUGACUGGGCCCCUGCCCGACUCUGUGGGCGACCUCGCGAAUCUCAAGGCAUUGGUCGUGAGCGGCACUGGAAUUACUGGACCUCUGCCUGCAACUCUGGGCAAUUUGACGAACGUUCAGGUGAUCGACCUCUCUGGCAACGCGAUCGAUGGGAAAAUUCCUGCGGAGCUCGGAAACCUGAAGAAUCUGACCUACCUCGACCUGUCCAACAACAAGCUGGACGGAGCCAUUCCUGCGCAGCUCGGCAACGCCACCUCUCUGGAAACACUGGACCUUUCAUCCAACGGUCUGGACGGAAGAAUUCCGCCAUCUUUGGCCGGCAUCACCUCUCUCCAGAACGUGAAUGUGUCUUCCAACACACUGGACGGUGCCAUCCCCGACUCUGGAUCAUUCGCCAACCUGACCGCGGCUUCAUUCGAAGACAACCCAAGACUCUGUGGUGCCGUUGUCGGGAGAGAGUGUACCGCCCAGGGCAACGGAGUUUGCGACGGCCUCGACUGCAGAUGGGCUAAGAUUUUGUUGAUCGUCGGGUUAGUUAGUGCCUUUGUUCUCUUCACUGUGUUGAUAGUGCUGUGCUGCUGCUGCUCAUCGUGGGGAUGCUGCAACAGGAAGAGGAAAAAUGGAGCUCCGGACGUGUAGACCAUGUGUGCUACUACUUCGUGCAUAGACUCCCCCACAACCAUCUUCAUAUCAAGCGGGCUUGAAUGAAUUAUAUUGUACUUAAUUUUUUAGCAGCCGUUGUCCAAACAAAACAUUUAGCGAUCGUUUUUGCCACAUUGGCAUAAGUAAAAAGUAAAGUCCUUCUUU